AUGAUGGCCAUAACCUUCAUAUACAAAACAAUGUCUCAGGGUGGGCUACAGCAAUAAGUGUGGAGCUCUCAGGAUAUACAGCUGAUGGAACUCGUAAGGAUCUGGGGACUACAAGUGCAUUUAGUGAUAGUUCGGCUAAUAAAUUUAUAGGUGCUGAUAUAGUCAGAUUCGAUGCUGAUUAUAUACUCAAUCCUAGCCCAACUGAAGAUAAACGGCAAAAAUUCAUUAAAAACCCCGAAGCUCGACGAAAACGGUGA